AUGAAUUCGGCGUUAAGCCUGCCGUUUCUAGUCAUAUGUUUAGUCUUGGUGCAACAAUGUGACUCGGUCGGGUUUGCACCAGAACUUUACUGCGGAUUAGAAAACUGUUAUGAUGUAAUCGAAAUUAACCGGGAAGAGUUCGAUAAGCAGAAGUUGUCGAAAGCUUAUCGAGCAUUGGCGAGAAAACAUCAUCCGGAUAGAGUGAAAAACAAGGAAGAGAAGAUUCUCGCUGAAGAACGGUUCCGAGUGAUUGCUACUGCCUACGAAACUCUCAAGGAUGAGGAAGCCAAAACUACUUACGACUACUAUCUCGAUCAUCCGGAUCAAAGAUUCUAUAACUACUACCAAUACUAUCGUCUCCGAGUAGCACCAAAAGUUGAUGUUCGAUUGGUUAUUGUUGGAACGAUUCUCGUCAUCUCUCUAUUUCAAUAUCUUUCUGCGAAGCACAAGUUCUCGGAAGCAAUUGAAUAUGCUACAGGUGUUGGAAAGUUCCGUAACAUGGCUAUCAAGGAUGGAGUCGAUCGAGGGCUUCUGGAAAUGGAUAGAAACGGGAAGCUGAAAAAGAACAAAGGUGACAACGAUGCAAUCAUCAAACAGAUCAUAACCGAAAAUCUCGAUGUGACGGGUGGGUACAAAAAAGAGUCAGUUUAUGAUACACUCGCUUGGCAUACCAUAAUUUCUCCACUCACAAUUUUCCGCUAUAUCAAAUGGGCAGUUCUGUGGUACUGGCGGUUUGCUAUCAAAAAAGAAGAAUUGGACGAUGAAGCAAAGAUGUACCUUAUCAGAAAAUAUCUUGGAGUCUCUCAAUCGGAGUUUGACCAGCGCUUCGGAACAGAUAUCGAUGAUCUUUUCGAGCAUGAAUGUUGGAUAAAGGCUAAUUGUGAGAAAUGGAAAGCUGAGAAAGAUGCCGCGGAGCAAGAGAAAAUGGCUCAAUCAGGUCGGUAUAAGAGGUACAAAAGAUACAUGAAGAAUGCCGGAACCAUUUCGUUUGUCGAUGAAGAAUAG